ACAUUUUUUUUUUAAAUUGUGCGUCGAUAUCACUAAAAAGUGGAGAAAUAUCGGAACAAAAUAAUAUAUUAAAAAAAUUGUGAAAAUAUUUUUAAUUUUAUAGCUGUUAGUAAACUAUUAUAUAAAUUUCGUAGAAGUGUGAAGUGAAUGCUCACAAAACUAAAAAUAGUAUGGAAGAAGAUUGGAGGCUUGUGUGCCGAACUUGUCUCGCGUCAGACGCUGAUUUUUACAAUCUGAAUGCGCCACUUUCAAUGGAUGUUGAUGAUGAUGAAAAAAUUACACAUAUGGAAUGUUUACGAUUUUGUACGCGCCUAGAUGAUCAAGCACUCUUUCCAAUUUAUAUAUGCGCUCAGUGCAGUUCUUCGUUACAAGUGUCUUAUAGGUUCAUACAAAAUGCCUUGCGUUCACAUACCAUAUUAUCUGAAAAAAUACUCCCUUUGGAAAACUCAACGAAAGAAAAACUGACUAAUGAUUUAGCAAAUGAUUCUGCAACAGAAAAUGAGAUGCGCUUUCGUUGUAAAAUAUGUUCUCUGAAGGUUUCAAACAAAAAAAGUCUAAAGGAACACGUUAAAUCGCAUCUAGAUAUCAUUUCAUUUAGCUGCCAACUGUGUGAUUUCGAAACAAAAAAACGAAGUUUGUUAUGUGAACAUUAUGAGAUAAUACAUGGCUGUAAGGCCAAAAGAGAAGAAUUAAAACCGAAAACAAACUUUGAAGCCGCAAAUUCUUCACAAACAGAUAAUCAAAUAGUCGAAGUUUAUAAAGAAGUUAGUGAUAUAGAAAAUUUAACUACAGCCACGUUACCAGAACAACAAAUAGAACUGCAAUAUUCAACAAUACCUGAAGAAUGGGAUGCGACACAAAUAGCAAAUGUUUUACAGGACAAUACAACCCAAAUUCAACAAAUUUCUAAUAAUACACAAAUACAUCCAACACAGAUUAAUUUGCAUCAAAUUAGUACGGAACAACAGUUUCAGACGCAACUAUUACCGCAACAAUUUGCAACAAAUAUUGACGCAGCACAACUGUCCAAUGUUAGUGAAUACAAUAUAGGUAACGACUUGACCAUUGGAAAUGAAUUUGUUGUCAUGGCUGAUGGCACUAUGGAGGAAGUUAUGAGCAAUGGCGUAGUCAUUGAGUACAUAGAUGCAGUUGAUGGAAGUGUUACUUUGGACAAUAACUUAGUACUGAAUAAUCUUUUACAAGUGGGAACUAAUGAUGGCAUGGGCAUGGACGUUGAUGAUAUUAUUAUUGAAGAGAAUGUUGCAUCAGAAAUAGCUGAAGAAAAUACUAAUUUUAACUCAUUGUUAACACAACCAACAAUAAUUAACAUGUCGAACAUUAGCAAAUCUCAUUGUAAAAUCUGUUUGCAACCCUUUAAUACUGAAGAUGAUCUCAAAGUCCAUUUGCUUACGCAUAAUGAUAAUCUAAACGGAAGGUUAGAUGUACUUAAUUCUCACCAUGUCAAUGAUAAGAAAAAUGCCAUUUUGAUAUCAGACAAAAAACCAAUAAAAAAAAUUAAUUGUAAAAUAUGUACAGAAGUCUUUCCUUCUCAGGAUAUCCUUAAAAAUCACAUGUUAACGCAUAAUGAAAUACCACAUUUCUUCUGUGAUCAAUGCUCAUUUUAUACAUUCUUCAAGGAUGAUUUGACGCAACAUUAUAAAACAAAACAUAAACUUCAGCCUACUCAAAAGCAGUUACAACCCAAAAACAGAGUGGAACUGAAUGAAAAGCCAAAAGCACCGCCUGUUGUCAAACCUGUUAACGUCAAGCAUGUUUACGUGUGUGAUUUAUGCUUUUUUGAAACAGACAUACGCAAUAACCUUCGUCGUCACUAUCUUGUAAAACAUCAAGUAGAAGCAAAUGACGUACAAUUACGUCCCUCCCUUGAUGAAACAGAUAUGGGACUUGAUUGCAUAUCUGAUCAUAAUUCAAAAAGUACGAAAACUAACAAAUUUGACUAUACCAGUGGUAUACACUGUAAAAAAUGUAACAAAGUAUUCUAUAAGCACAGUAAGUUAAAAGCACAUUAUAAAGAUCAUGAUAGGGAAACAGCUGUAAAUGUAAAAGGAGUUAAGUUAGAUAGUACAACUGCAGGUGGGAUGAAUGUAGAAGCAACUGUAACAUCUGCUAUCGCAAUAGAUCAGCAUAUGCCAGCGGAUGCUAUACCACAGGUUGUGGAAACUGAUAAUAUUGCUGACAUUGAAUUCGACUUUAAUGGUGAUGUUCUGUUUGAAGAUUUUGAUGACGAUAAUGAUAAUGAUGACAUUGAAAACUUAUUGUUAACAAGUGAUGAUGAUUUUGAAGAUUUGCUUGAAGAGCAAGCUCAAGAUACAAAUACAAAUAAUAAUCAAGAACCGCUUUGUAUGCAUUGCAAUAAAAAGUUUUUCAGCCAGUAUCAAUUUGAAAAUCAUAUGUUUAUACAUAGAGGAUUAGCGCCGUAUCGUUGUGAAAUGUGUACAAAUCUUUAUAACACAAAACGUGCACUUAUUAAACAUUAUAAAGCCAUACAUAAUAGGAUACCCACAAGAGAUAUGAUACAAGCUAAGGGUGAUAUUCAGUGGUCGGAGAAAAUGCCAAUAGAUUUUUCGAAUUUAAAAAAGCAAAAAGAAACAACGUUAAUGUGCGGAAAGUGUCCGUUUGAUUCAACAAAUUUGAGUGUUUUGAAAAAUCAUUUAAAAGAGAAGCAUGAAACAAUAGACGAUAAAUUCAUUUUGCAAAAACUAAUGUUUGAGUGCCCACGUUGUGUACGUUCAUUUGCUACAAAAAAUCGGCUUUUGAGGCAUUUAGAUCGCAGUCAUUCAUCAGAACCAAUUAUUCAGCAACGGGAUACCAUUAAGGAGCAGGUUUCUGUACAGAAAGCAACAUCAUCCAGCUCCAAAGUUGGUAAGGAUCAUAUAAGUUUAGGUGCAGCACAAUCAGAAAAACUUAAACUAUUAUUGGGAAAUGAUAUAGACGCCAAUGAAACAGAAUUAAAAGUGCUUAAUGAGUCCCAAUUGUAUACAGGCAUAACUGAGCCCUCAUCUCUUCACACAACAUUAGACAUAAACAUAAAGCAGCUUAAAACAUCUAUAACAAACAAUUCUCAUAAGGACAUAACAUCCAAGACAACAACAGACUUAACAACAUCUACAACAUAUGAAAAAGAAUUUGACGUAAAUAAUGCAAAUGAUAAGACAAAAGAUUCUAAUAGCUUUGUAAUUAGAGAAGAAAGAACUUCUUGCAACAACGAUGAUAUUGAUAUCAUUAUUCAAUAUAAAUCUGAAAGUGAUCCUUUGGAUUCAAAUCCAGAGGAUAUAUGUGCAGUUAAACAAAACAUUUCAAGUAAAGAAAAGGAUUACAGAUGUCAUGUUUGCAAUGGCACCUAUAAGACGUUAAUGUCUUUGAAAUAUCAUAGUAAACGUCAUAUGGAACGUCAAUAUCAAUGCAAUACGUGCUCUAAGUCUUUUGUGGAACGUUACGAAUUGCAACAACAUAAUUAUACACAUACUGGCGAAUUGCCACACAAGUGCGAUAUUUGUGGGAAAAAAUUUCGUUAUUCAUUUCAUUUGAAGCGGCAUAAGGAUGUGCAACAUUUAGGCAAACGUUUUGUAUGCUCCGUCGAAGGAUGCGGCAAAAUUUUCACGCAAAGUUUUCAACUCAAGAUACAUGCAUGGUCUCACAAUGGAUAUGUUCCCUACAAAUGUGUCGAUUGUGGCAUUGGAUUCAAAAAACGUGUUUUAUUGCGUGCACACGUUAAAGCAAAACAUAAUAAAAUUCUCAACGAAGAGGACAUUUUUAAGGCAGAUGAAAUCAAUGACGAUUUAAACGAUAUUAUAGAGCAACCAUAAGAGAGUUUUGCUAGUAUGUCAUGACCAAUAUUUAUAUUGAUUUAUAUAGUUGGAAUGAUUCUUAAUUUGCCAAUAAACUAUUGAAGAAAGACACAAUCAUUGCAUAGAGCAAUCCAGCGCACGAACCAUCUCUUGCAACAUGACAACAUGACGUUACACACGGUUUUCUCAUUUAAAUUAUUUUAGUUUCUAUAAAAAAUGCUUAUAAAAUCCAUAUUAGUAUAAUUUUGUA